AAUUCAGUUAUAAUUUAUUAUUUUAUUGUUUAAAAGUUGCUGCUGAAGGAGCUCUCAGGAUUUGGAUUUUUGGUGGAGAUGCGUGGUGAGCCUGGUUCUGUAUCUGAAGAGCUUCUGAGGACUGAGGGUCAGUGACCUUCCUCUGGAGCUCCUCCAGCCCCCAGCGCCCGGAUCCUUCAGACGCUCUGCAGCCGGGGCAUGAAAUCAGGAACGUAGGCGGUGAGAAGGUUGGUGAGAAGGUUGGUGAGAAGGUCAGUGAGAAGGUCGGUGAGAAGGUCGGUGAGAAGGUCGGGAGGCCGCGCCGCUCGUACGCCGCCCUGAGCUCGGUGGCCCAGCGAUGAGUGCCAGUCCGGGCUCCCACUCUGAGCUGGCAUGGAGGACAGUGCGUCACCGGUUUACAUCGUGCUGGAGCUGCUGAUCGCCGUGCUGGCCGUGUCCGGGAACGUCCUGGUGUGCUGGGCCGUCAGUCUCAACAGCAACCUGCAGAGCAUCACCAACUACUUCGUGGUGUCGCUGGGCGUGGCCGACGUGGCCGUGGGUGUGCUGGCCAUCCCCUUCGCCAUCACCAUCAGCAUCGGCUUCUGCAGCCACUUCCACGGCUGCCUGUUCAUCGCCUGCUUCGUCCUGGUCCUCACGCAGAGCUCCAUCUUCAGCCUGCUGGCCAUCGCCAUCGACCGCUACAUCGCCAUCACCGUCCCGCUCAGGUAUAGCAGCCUGGUGACGAGUCGGAGAGCUAAAUGCCUGAUCGCCGUGUGCUGGAUCCUGUCGGUGGUCAUCGGCAUGACCCCUCUCCUCGGCUGGAACACCCACAGCAGCGACGUGACCAACAGCUCGUGUCCUGUCGGCAUGACCGAGUGCCUGUUCGAGAAGGUGGUCACCAUGGACUACAUGGUCUACUUCAACUUCUUCGGCUGCGUCCUCACGCCGCUCCUGGCCAUGCUGGUCGUCUACGUGCGGAUAUUCAUGGUGGCCCGUCAUCAGCUCCGGCAGAUGGAGCGCAAGUCCUCGUUCGGGCACCUCCAGGCUGACGGACCGUCCGCGCCCUCCUCCCGGUCCAGGCUGCAGAUGGAGGUCCACGCCGCCAAGUCUCUGGCCAUCAUCGUGGGCCUGUUCGCCGUGUGCUGGCUCCCCGUGCACAUCAUCAACUGCUUCACGCUGUUCUGCCCGAGCUGCGCCCGCCCUCCGGCGUGGGUCAUGUACCUGGCCAUCAUCCUCUCGCACGGAAACUCCGCCCUCAACCCCUUCAUCUACGCCUACCGGCUUCGGGACUUCCGCUUCACCUUCCGCAAGAUCAUCAAGCAGCACAUUCUGCACCGGAAAGAGCAGCUGAGCAGCAGCAUCGCCGUGGUUGCCGGGACCAACUUUACCGGGACCCCCGUUACCAGGACAACCAUUACCGGGACCCCCGUUACCUCUUGGGCCGACGUGACGGAAAACGGAAAAGUGCCGAAUAACGAGAGUCCAGUCAGAAUUCAUUCAUACGCUGAGCGUGAGAUUCGUAGGGAAGCUCCGACGAUCUGAUCAGCAACGACAACGUCUCGGCUAAUCUCACAUCUCCAGCCUCCUGCCGGGCGGGGCUCACUGAGGUGUCAUGACUAGACAGUCAACCAGUCAACUAGAUUGAUGACUUGACCUCCACACGCUCAUCAGCCCGGGUUCUUAAUUUAUUGAUCAUUUAUCACAUGAUUGGUCCAUGUUGUUUCAUAAUUCUAUGACCAAUAAUAUUAACUUCGCUAUGACAGACAGCCAAUGGAAGACUCGCUCCAGGAGCUUACUGGUUACCCUUCGUCCAUCCGAAAUUCGUUCCAUAAAUAACUAAAUGAAGGUCACACUUCAGUAGACGUCAACGGUUUGGUCCAGCAGCAGUGGGUUAUGGAUUAGUAUGUAGGGUUCCCCCCCACAGAUGUUUUGUUCCAGAUAGGGAAAGUUUGAGGUACUGGACUAGUAAUCAGAUUUAAGCCCUACAUGUGCCAGGCUGCCACUGUUGGACCCUUGAGCAAGACCCUUGCGAGUCGCUUUGGAUAAAAGCGUCUUUAAUUUGUCCGUCUAUAAAUAAUUCAUGUUCCUGCAGCCUGUGUUCAGGUUCUCCAGAUUAAAUGUGACGUUCUGAAAUACUGAAGCGGCAUCAUGCUUCACCCUUGACGUUUAUUCCGUGUAAUCUACACCCCGGACACAUGGUGGGCAAAAUAAACGCCUUCAGGAGGGGAGUUGUGUUGUUUGGAGUAAACAAGGUGAUGCAUUUAAACCCAACAACACUGUACCUGCUGUGGAGCUCGGUGGUGGUAAUGUUAUUCACUGCAACUGUUUUGCUGCUGAUGCCAAGUUCACACUACACGACUUUCCAAGUGGUCAGGGUCGCUGUACAGUUCUCACUACACGACUGGAUCUCUUGUAAUCGGGAGUCUCCCAGGUCGGUGUGUAUUUCACACUACACGACUGAUGGGUGAUGGGGGGUCUCACACUACACCAUCUAUCACCAACUGGAAUCGCAGGCGAGCUUCUCCGGUCUCCCAAACUACGUUCGGUCACAAACAAACGCGAGAAGUGACGAGGGGUUUAAUGAUACCACGUCCAAAAAUACACGUCAACAAGCAGCGAGAGAUCAAAGUUUGUGUGCUGAUGUGCAGCGUAAAAUCAAAUUUAAAAAUAAAUGAACUGAGUGGAUUUGGCAACACGAGCAGCAGGGAUUGUUCUAUAGUGAGUCAGAGGUUAAUAAAUAUUGUUUGCGAUGCAGCGUGGGUGUUUUGUAGAGAACGAUCAGGUCAGAAAUACUGUAAAACUUGUGUGUGCUGAUGUAUUCUGAUAUAAACUAUAAUACGCCCCUGUACCAUGUUUUUACACUCCUCUCCUGCGUUUCCCCUCACACCGUAUCCUGCGUUCUCAUUGGCUGUUCGACAUAUCACUCAUUGCCAGUCAAGCAACUCAGAUCCAGAUAUCUGACAUGCUAGAAAUCUUACCUCAGAUCAAGUUGUUGAGUAGUUCACACAUAGCAAAAUCGUGUAGUGUGAACUGGGCAUAAUGGAACUGGUGCAUCACAGAACAUGGACAGAAUGACAAAGACUGAAGGUUCCUUCACAAUUCUCUCACAUCUCCAUCAAAAGUAAAGUGGAUCAAAGACCCAAACACGGUUGUACCAGAAGAUCUAAGACUCAUAGAAGUGAAUUUAUUUAUGCUGUGUGUAUAUUUCUGAUCUGAAACCCCUGAAUAAACUCAUGAAAGAACCGAAAUAUUUAAUAAAAACAAACAAACGUUUUUCUCGGGUGUAUGUAAACUUUUGACCUCACUGCAUGUGUGUCGACGCAUUUCGGAGACGAUGUGCUGACUGAUGGAACACUCGGCCCAAAAACCAGCAGCACUUGUCAACUGCUGAGCAUGAAAGUGAUAACUGAAUGUUUUGUGGUUUUGUGGCGGCCGGAGACACCGGAAACAUCGUGUGGCUAAAGAUUAAAACCCCGUCUCCACUUCAGAAGUAAAAAUAAAAUCAA